AUCGUCUGUUAGCGCGAUGGCCACACGAGGUUUGCUACGAUAUUGUGGGCGAAGGAGUGCAACGAGACGGCUCUCUUACCACCACAAAGGUGGCACGUCGUGCGAACCUGACGAGGAGCUGCACCCGAACUGGAGUGGACUGGAACGGCGGCUGCAGUCUCGCGUUCCCCGCGAAAAGGGUCACGGCGUGCCGGAGGGCCGGACAAACCUCAAGCCGUCGGAGGAGGACUUCUGGCACAAGGCGGGAGUGUACGACUAUUCCGAGGCAUCCUCGUCAAGCCCUGAAAUUGCAACGAGAGAGCCCGCUUGUGCGAGGCUGUCGACGGUGAAGGUCUCCGCCGAAAACGUUCCUCGAGUAGUCGCCCUCUACAAGACGUCUGUUGCACCAGUGCUGCAGGUGAAGGGGUUCUGUGGCGCUCAAGUAUUUUCAGACAGAGCUGCGGGAACGGUGCAGUCUCUUACUCUGUGGCAGUCAUGGGGAGAUCUCGAGGAAGUUGUGGGCAACAGCCGCUACGCAAAGGCGAUGCGUUCCUUGGAAGGGCUGAUCGAAGCUCCACCGGACGUUGUGGACACCGAGGUGGCAUGCUCCAUCCUCCCCACCACUGGAGGCGGAGACGUGUCGAGCGGCGACUCAUAAGGAGACGCAUUAGGAUUUUUUCUGUUGAAGUUUGUUCCAUACUUCGUUGAACAAGUUUACGCAGUGGCGUGCUCUUGUUGCAAAGGUUUUCGUACCCAACUUGUCCCACUAGUUUCGGAUAAAGGCUGGGAGAAUCAAGCCGUUCGUGUGCCAGUCCCUCUUCGUCCAGGGGUAGUUUUGUUGUUGUGAAUGUUGAAGAGUCCAAAGCGUUUCCCACUUUUUUUUUGUGCGCGUGCGAUUUUCUUUCUUGAUUUUCAAGCCGUACAUACGUAGAUUGCGCGAAGACUUGUUGUUGUUGUUGU